AUGCCGCCCAACAUCCCCCGUCACCUGGAGCUGCCAGGAUUCGUCGAGCGAUGGCGCUCAUGGCUCUCGGCCAACCUCAACUUCUAUCGUGUUCACAUGCUAUGCUUUACCAUCAUUCCGCUCAUCUUCUCUGGCAUCAUGUACGCCUGCAACACGCAGAUUCAAAUCCCGUACAUUGACUGUCUGUUCGUGUGCUUCUCCGCCAUGUGCGUGACGGGUCUGGCAACGAUCAACUUGAGUACACUAUCGACGUUUCAACAAUUCAUCCUCUACUUCCAGAUGCUUAUCGGAAGCACUGUACGUGUUGCUCUUAUCAAGGAGAGCAGGUGUCUAACCGCUCCAGAUCUUCGUCUCUAUCAUCAUGGUGUCGGUGCGCAGUUCCGACACGUCCUCAAGGAGCGGGACCGCAAGCACCGCGCGAUGAGACUCGCAAAGACGCUCACCCGUAUCCCGACGACUCAGCCGAUCAGUGCACUCCGAAGACGGUUCACGCGGCGCCCGGAGGAGACGGAGCAUGACGUUUCCGGCAAGAGCACCCCUGAUGCUGUGCCCGCCAAGAAAAAGGCGCCGGGCAAGCUCACAAAGGACAUGAUUCAACGUAUCGAUGGCGGCGGUAUCGGCAUGGUCAACCCCAUGGGUUGGUACGCAGCUGGUGGCACACCGACGCCGUCGGCUGGCGCGUCUCGUGUUGGAUCUCGCGUUCCCUCCCCUGACCCGGAUGAUGUCAAGGUCCACGGAGCCGAGAUUGACCAUAUCAACUACAUCGACGGUGAGGCGCACCCCAUGCAGACGGUCGAGUCGCCUGGCGAGCUCAGUCCCAUCGAGCGGGCAGUGAGCGAGUCCAGCACGACCGGAGCACCAAGCACGACUGGUAGCGAGGACGGCAAGCGCCAAGGUAGCAACGAGGAUGCUUGGGUUUCGCCGUCGUACCGACUAGGUGCCGAACUUGGCCCCGUGCAAACAAACGACAGCCUCCCAGCAGUACCCACUGGCCCUGUUCGCUCCACUACGGAGCCGACCCGGACGCCAUAUGCUGGACUCGCGCUCAGUGACGACGCCUUUCCUCGUUCAAAGACUAUCGCGUUUGAUGACGUUGAGGAUGGUCUUGAUCACGAACUGCACCUGGGCCGUGACCGCGAGCCUGGGUUCUUUGCUCGUACACCGACAAUGCGGAGUGACAUUGACGGCUUGAGGAGGGUCAAUACCACCGGCUCUGAACACCCAUACGACGGACAAGGACUGCGCCGAACCCAGAGUCGGUUUAUCGAGACCAAAAACACAGGCUAUGGUGGUUUCCCCACACCUAUUCAACUCAUUGGCGACCUUGUGCACAAGGUAUUCCCGCAAACAAGCACCAAGCUGCACCAGUCCAUCACUAUGCCGCGCACCAACACAAUCUCGGGGCGCGGCAGCGUCAUGGGCGAUGGCGCCGAGGUCCCCUACAUUUCCUUCUCCGCCACUGUGGGACGCAACUCCAAGUUCCAGAACCUCACGCAGGAGCAGAUGGACGAGCUGGGUGGUGUCGAGUACCGCGCGCUCCGCCUGCUGUUCUGGGUGGUCCUGUCCUACUGGAUUUGCCUCCCUCUCGCCGGUGCCUGCAUCAUUGCGCCGUACAUCAACGCCGGUAACCGAUACGCCGAUGUGUUCAACGAGCAACCCAAGCACGUCCGCAUUCCCUGGUUUGCGUUUUUCCAAGCCACGUCUGCGUUCUCCAACACUGGCGUCUCGCUGGUCGACAAGAGUAUGGUGCCCUUCCAGACUGCAUACCUCAUGUCUGUGGUGGUCAUGCUGCUCAUCCUCCUUGGCAACACCUGCUUCCCCAUCAUGCUCCGGUUCAUCCUGUGGAGCAUGUACAAGAUGGUGCCUGCGACAUCAAACUCGCACGAGUCGCUCAAGUUCCUUCUCGACCACCCGCGUCGUUGCUUCAUCUAUUUAUUCCCCUCGACGCACACCUGGUUCCUGUUGAUCAUCGUCUUCGUCCUCACGAUGAUCGACUGGUGGUCCUUCCUGGUCCUUGACCGGGGCAACGAGGUCAUCGACAGCCUGCCGUAUGGGACUCGCCUCGCUGCUGGGCUCUUCCAGUCAUGCGCCGUUCGUGCAGCAGGGUUCGUCAUUGUCAACAUGAACGCCGUCGCCCCAGCCGUCAAGGUUCUCUACGUCCUCAUGAUGUACAUUUCCGUCUACCCGAUCGCCAUGUCCGUCCGCGCCACCAACGUGUACGAGGAGCGUGCUCUGGGUCUUUUCGAAGAGGAGGACCCCGAAGACGAGGAGGAGGACGAGGAAAUGCAGCACACGGAAGGUGCUAGUGCAGUGGCCAAGUAUCUUGGCUGGCACGCUCGUCGCCAACUCGCGUUCGACAUGUGGUGGAUUGCCCUGGCCCUGUGGCUGGUGUGUAUCAUUGAACGUGGAGCGCUCUCCGACCCGGCCAAUUACGAGUGGAUGAACAUUUUCAACAUCAUCUUCGAGCUGGUGUCGGCCUACGGAACUGUCGGCCUGUCCCUCGGUCUCCCAUACGACAACUAUUCGUUGUGUGGCAGCUUCCGCACGCUCUCCAAGCUCGUCUUCAUCGUUGUCAUGCUCCGUGGUCGCCACCGUGGGCUUCCUGUCGCCAUUGACCGUGCUGUCAUGUUGCCCAAGGACUUUACCGAGAGCGACGAGCGCGCCAUGGAGGACCGUUUGCGCCGCUCGCGUUCGCGCCGUGCAAGCUCGUACGGCGGCGACUUCCUCUCGCAGACCGGCUCGCAGAUGCCGCACACAUUCACCAUGGCGACCGACGGUGCUGGCCAGUAUGGGUUCACGUCAAUGGUCCAGCCUCCGUCCCCACGCCUCCCCGUGCGCAGGGACAGCACCUCGAGCAUGCGCCGCGGCGACCCCUCCACGGCUGCCCCCGGUCCCAUUCGCGUCUUCCACCGCCGUACAGGAUCCACCGCAUCCGUCGACGGCGGCAGCCCCAUGACGCCCACCACGCUGCACUUUUCUCUCAACACGCAAGGCGGUGGGCACCAGGCGCAUUCUGGCUCGCCGACAAACUACACGGGCAUGUUUCCAGGCAGUAGCCUGGCACCGGUGCCGGAAAGUGUCUGGUCGAGGCGGAACACCGAGACCGACACGACAAAUCCUUCGACGGGCUCCACUGCAACGGCCGUGGCGCCCGAUUCACCCGUCAGCACUGGUCCCGCGGCCGAGUCGGCAGUCACCGAUAGCCCCGAGGGCAGAGACGUCGCGGACAAGGCCACCGAUUCCAACGCGCAGAGCGCAUAA